AUGUUCGCGGGUGGCGGCGCGGCGAGGAGAGUGCUUGGAGUCCUUCUCCUCGGCAGUGACUUCCGAUAUUCAUGCGUGCUCAGGGAGAGCGGUCUACCUAUGAAAGGUCUGGCGUCUUUCGAUCCGGGUCGUGAAAGCAAGGAGCUUUCUGCAAAGGUAGAAGCGGAUGGUUCUUGGAUUUUUGCGUGGCCUCAGGAGUUCUCCUUGGUGGUCCUCUUCACCAGCUUCGGUGCCUCUUCAGUCGGAUCGGAAGACUGGAAACAAUUACUGCGCGCGGUCACGGCCGCCGCGCUAUACGCGUGGCCGUCGUCGUCGCUCCUCCGCCCUGGACUCCCGCGCCUCAUCGCCCUCCUCCCGCUGUUCCCGCUCCUCGUCGCCGCGCCCCUGGCCUUCCCCUCCUCCGCCAUCGUCCGGGGCCUCGCCGCCUUCUUCCUGGCCUGGCUAGGCACCUUCAAGCUCGCCCUCCUCGCCGUCGGCCGCGGCCCGCUCGACCCCGCCCUUCCCGUGCUGCCGUUCCUCUUCACCGCCUUGCUCCCCGUCAAGCUCGCCCCAGCAUCAUCCAACAAGGCCAAGCCGGUGUCCCUCGUUUCUUGCGCGGUGAAGGUGGCCGUCGUAGCCGCCGUGGUCCGGCUGUACCAGCUCAACCACCGCCUGCACCUCUACGCGCGCCUAGCCCUGUACGGCGUCCACACCUACUGCUUCCUGGACCUCCUCCUCCCCUGCAUCGCGGCCGCCGCCGCCGCGCUCGGCAUGGAGGCGGAGCCGCAGUUCGACCGGCCGUACCUGGCGUCCUCGCUGCGGGACUUCUGGGGCCGCCGGUGGAACCUCAUGGUUUCUGCCAUCCUCCGGCCGUCCGUCUACGACCCCGUCCGCGCGCUCGCCGGGGUCCCCGCCGCCGUCCUGGCCACCUUCGCCGUAUCCGCGCUCAUGCACGAGGCCAUGGUGUACUACCUCAGCCUGCAGUGGCGGUCCGACGGCAUGAUGGCUGCCUUCUUCCUGCUCCACGGCGUUUGCUGCGUUCUCGAGGGGUGGUGCGCGCGGCGGUGGGCGGCGCGUGGGUGGCCGGCGCCGCCGCGGCCCGUGGCGACGGUGCUGGUAGGGCUCUUCGUCACGGCCACGUCGUUCUGGCUCUUCUUCCCGGCGCUUUGCAAGGACGGAGUUGAGGAGAAGCUGCUGCAGGAGUGGGCUGCGGUGGCCGCCUUCUUCCAGGACGCCGGCGGGAAGAUACCAUGGUACGGUCAACUUAAUUAGUAGCUAAGGAAAAGUACAACCUAGUGAAAGGUGUACUACCCUGUUGGCACUUGACACAUCAAAUCUAAUUAACUCUGAAAAGGUUAGUGGACAAAAUCAAAAUUAAGGAGCAUGUUGGCAUGUCCGUUAGAAGUUACGCUAUGCCAUGUGCCAAUUUGUACCCUUUGUACGAUCCUCAUU